AUGGCUUCAUCCAUUAGCAAGGCCAAUCAAGAGGAUGCAAUUUCAUAUAUACAAAUUUCUGAUUUACUAAAUGAUGAUGAAACUGUUAUACAAGGUUACAUUGAGCUAUUGAGAAAAUAUUUCAAAGUGGAACUUUCCACUUCAACUAGUCCAUUUCAAGUCCGGGAUGCUCUCAUAAACUUUGAAAAGCAUGUGUUGAUUCCAGAUGUUAAAAGAUUAAGUCUUCGUUCAGGAAAUUAUGAGAAGAUAUUAGGGGUCCUUUGUAUUUCUAGAGCUGUGCUUUUAUUUCCUUCUCUUGGAUUGGUGUCUGCCCCUGGUUUCAAAGCUCUUUGGGAGAGAAAACACACUAAUAGCCUCCCAUCAAAAAAUUCAGUUGCAAGAGCUUCUCUGAAUCAACAUAUCUACGAUAAAGUGGUUUUCACAAAACUAGAAGAUAUCUAUUUUGAAAAUAGAUUUAGACUCAUUUUGCAUGAAAUUAGAAAGAAAUUGGGGACUUUAGAUGAUGAUGUUAUUGAUGAUCUAAUUUUAAAAUUUGGCAAUGAAACUUAUAUUAAUUUAGAAGAGGCCGCUUUAGUUACGUUCAACGAAGGGGAAACCGCUAAAUGGAUCUUAGCAAAACUUUUGAACCCAAUUAUAGUAUUUUUGUACAAUAAUCUAUUGAAUGAAGAUGGUUGUGAGUUGAGAGCAGCUGUACAAAAGAUAGAAUACCUGAAGAUGGAAAAAUUAAAAAACCUUCCAAGUGGUGACUUUAGAUUAUGUGAAGAAACUUUUCAAACAUAUCCAGAUAUAACAAUAGUUUUCAAGCCUGCUGAUUCAAAUUUGCUCUAUAAUAUAAUGAACGUUGAGCUGAAACGAUUCAACUCCAUAAAGGUGUUUUCACGAAUUGGAAUGGCCGACUUCAAAUGGUAUUUUCUUCAAAUACUUAGCCAAAUCAUAUCAGGAAAUUUUUUAAUUUCAUGUUUGACGGAUGGUUAUAGUUUUAUACUCAUGAAGAUUAACUUCAACAACCAACUUGAAGAAUUCUUAACACAUCCAGACAAGCCAGGUACCAAAAUUCCAAUGUCUUUUAAAUUGGUUGAUAUAACAAAAAGUGGUGUCACUGCAAAAGCUUCAAUUUUAGGAAUGUUAGAUGAUGAAGUAAGAAAUUUUUCAAAAUUAGAUUAUAAAAGAAAGAUCUCCAAAAUUCAAAGGCUUAAAGAGAUAUGCUUGAAAAGCAAUGUUGAUUUCGUUCACACCUUGUUAAACUGGGUUAACCACCAUUUUAGUGAAUCCAAAAACUAUCCAUCAUAUGAGAUUGAUUAUGCACCAGAUAUAUAUGAUGGAAAUCAUAUUUCAUUAUUUCAGAAUGGUCCUGGUAAAGGUCCUCAAAUUUUACUUGUUUCUAAAGCACUCUGCAAAAGGUUGUUAAAUGUCAAAUCAAUUAAAACCAAUGAUGAAGAACCUGUUGUUAUUUCCAUAUAUGAUCCAACUAGAUAUCAAAUUCAAAAUUAUACUGAAGGUGAUGCAAUAGGUUUGAAAGAAGCUCAAAAUUUGUUCAUGGAUAUGUAUAAGAAUCAAGUGAAGGCAUAUGAUAUAAUCAAAAGGUUCAAUCAACUGAAUGGAUCCAAAAUAAAUGUGUUGACACAUUUCAAAACUGGUAAUAUUAAAUUAAAGAUCAAAGAUUUCUCUUAUUAUGCUGGGAAAUUUAUAAUUCAUGAACAUGUUACAAGUAGACCUUCAACAAAACAACACUAUGAGCAAGCUAUUGAACAAGUUAAUUUGUUGAAUUUAGCUGGUAUCCAAUUAAAUGACAUUGCUGAAUCAGAUAUUGUUUUAUCCAAAGGAAAAAUCUACUUAACCAACUUUGAUAAUUCAACUUUUGGGAAUGAAAAUGAAGGUGAUUCUGGGUGCUUAUCCAUACUUGAGAGUUUGUUGGACGAUGUAUCAAAAUCUAAGAAGCCAAAGCAUGAAUGA